UGAUGUAAAUUUGACGUACAAAGAGAGGAGGGGGGUUAAGGCGAAAGAAAAGGGCAGACAUCACACAAAGCCCUAACAUACUCCCCUCUCUCUCUUGGUUUGCUUUCUCUCUCUAAAUUCUAGGGUUUUAUUUGGAGCGGAAGCAGUUUCUUUUCCCAACCAAAUCGGAAGGAGCAGAAUCAUAACAUAUUUAUUGUACGUGUAACGAUAAUUAAAUUAAAAUGAGUGGACAAGUCGCUUCAGCUCCGAGACGGAACAGUUCGGCCAAACGCAAUCAUCCAUCGUCUGUGAAGAGAUCAUCGUCCAAUCAUUCCGAUAAUGGAACCACCAAUGGGAGCCUAUCCAAGCCCUCAUCGCCUGGCAAUUCGUCUGUUACGGGCGAAAGGACGGUGAAGAAGCUGAGGUUGUCGAAGGCACUCACCAUUCCCGAAGGAACCACAGUUUCUGAUGCUUGUCGGAGAAUGGCAGCUCGUCGUGUGGAUGCCGUUUUGUUGACAGAUGCAAAUGCUUUGCUUUCGGGCAUAGUUACCGACAAGGACAUUGCAACUAGAGUUAUAGCAGAGGAGUUGAGACCAGAACAGACUAUAGUUUCCAAAGUCAUGACAAGGAAUCCUAUUUUUGUCACUUCUGAUUCAUUGGCAAUUGAGGCUCUUCAGAAGAUGGUCCAAGGAAAAUUUAGGCACCUCCCUGUUGUAGAAAAUGGUGAAGUUAUUGCUUUGUUGGAUAUUACAAAGUGCCUAUAUGAUGCUAUAUCCAGAAUGGAGAAGGCCGCAGAGCAGGGUAGUGCCAUUGCAGCAGCUGUUGAAGGAGUGGAACGCCAGUGGGGAAGCAAUUUCUCUGCUCCAUAUGCUUUUAUAGAGACACUUAGGGACCGGAUGUUCAAGCCUUCUUUGUCAAGUAUUAUUGCCGAUAAUGCCAAGGUUGCACUCGUAUUACCUUCAGAUCCUGUCCACGUUGCUGCUAAAAAGAUGAGGGAGUUGCGGGUAAAUUCUGUUGUUAUUGUGACGGGGAACAAGAUUCAGGGAAUUCUGACUUCAAAAGAUAUACUAAUGCGAGUUGUGGCCCAAAAUCUUUCUCCUGAGUUGACUCUAGUCGAAAAGGUAAUGACGCCAAAUCCCGAAUGUGCUACAUUAGAGACGACAAUCCUUGAAGCACUGCAUAUAAUGCAUGAUGGGAAGUUCUUACAUCUUCCUGUGGCUGACAAAGAUGGAUGUGUUGCUGCUUGUGUAGAUGUUCUGCAGAUAACUCAUGCUGCAAUUUCAAUGGUUGAAGGUAGCUCAGGUACUGUUAACGAUGUUGCGAGCACAAUGAUGCAAAAGUUUUGGGAUUCGGCUCUCAAUCUAGAACCAGCGGAUGAUUAUGACACCCAAAGUGAAAUAUCUGUGUCUGCAUUAAUGACCUCAGAUGGGACAGAAGUGGGAAGGUCGACAUAUCCAUCUCUUGGUCUUGGAAAUUCAUUUGCCUUCAAAUUUGAGGACCGUAAGGGUCGUGUGCACCGAUUCAAUUUUGGCUUGGAGAAUUUAAGUGAGCUUGUAUCUGCUAUUAUGCAAAGGGUAGGUGUUGAUAAUUAUCAAGACCGCCCUCAACUUUUGUAUGAAGAUGAUGAAGGUGAUCAUGUUCUGUUAACAACUGAUGCUGAUCUCAUUGGUGCUGUUAGCCAUGCCAGAUCUGUGGGGCUGAAGGUUUUAAGAUUGCAUCUGGACUAUGCUGAUUCACCCCUACAAAGAACAAUGCCACAGUUAGCUACAACCACUACCACAAACACUGGAUGGAUCUCUCUCACCUCUGGGAUUUGUGCCGGUGCAAUUGUUGCUACAGGUAUUGGUGUGUUGGUCUACUUAAAGCGCUCCAACCUGUGACAUUCUGUUCAUUCUUACAUAGAAAAAAAGGAAAAAAGAAAAGAAAAGUAGGGGCUUAUAAAGCUGAUUAUAUUUAAAUUGUAGCCUGAUUAUUUUGUUUGAGGAGAGCCUCAAAAAAAAAAAAAAAAAAUGAAAAAUGAAAAAAAAAAAGAUAGCUUUUAGUUAGGUAAUUAAGAUGGAGUUGUUUAGAGACUGAUGUAAAGAGGGUGAGCAAAACAAGUGAUAUUGUUAUCGUUGGGAAGAUCUGUUGUUGUCUAUGUUGCUGCUGAGGUAUAAAGCCCGGAACAAGUAUUCUACAUGGCCAGUGGUGGGUGGGUAUGAAACCUCGAUGCUUCACCCGCUGUUUCUUAAGCAUGUAACUUCCUAAUAUAAUACAAGCGAAGGAUGGUUAAUGUGAAUUGGGUUCAUUUUUCUUUUAAAUUUAAUAUUAUUGUACAUGAAGAAUCA